AUGUCAUGGAUACUCCACUCUGUUUCUGAAGAAAUCAAAAGCAGGAUAAUGUACCUUGACACAACUGCAGCAAUGUGGAGUGAACUCAAUCACAGAUUCAACCAAGGGAAUGUACCAAGAAUAUUCAAAAUGAGAGAAUCACUCAUCAACAUUCACCAAGGACAUGAUUCUAUAAGUGCUUACUUCACAAAACUGAAAGCAAUUUGGCAUGAAAUAGUUGAACUUCGUCCCCGCACCCCCUGUACAUGUGUAGUUGCGGUUGAUUCUCUUGCCUUUCAUAAUCAAGACCAAGUUUUACAAUUUAUAACGAGUCUAAAUGAGUCUUUCCAACUUAUUCUUGCCCGAAUCUUUCUCAUUGAUCCCUUCCCAUCCCUACCCAAAGUCUUCUCCAUGGUUGUUCAAGAAGAGAGACAACGAAAACAUGGUCCUUCCUACAAUACUAAUCCCAUGGCUGCUUCCAAUUCUGCACUUAAUUCCAACCAAUACCCAAGUUCAAGAACCAAAAAGAUUCGACCCACUUGCUCCCACUGUCAAAAAUUGGGCCAUCUCAAGGACAAAUGCUACUUCUUACAUGGGUUCCCUCUAGGAUAUGGCAAUCGGAAACCUACUGUUGAGACCCCUCGCCAAAAUGUUUGGAAGAAACAACUUUAA